AUGUCUCCAACGGAUCAUUGCGAGGAAACCUCUCUUGUGUGGUCCUAUAACCAGGUCCUGAUCUUAAUGCAGAUCCUCCGUUGGUGGGUCGAGAAGGAAGUCCCUGCCAGCCAGAUCGGAAUCUUCCUCGUCGAGGCUCUCUACCGAAUGGACACGCACAUGAAUCACCGCGCGACGAAGUUGGUCGAUAGUGGUGGGACUUAUGGAAACGUCGCAAAGGUUGUGCUUCAAUAUUACCAGAUUCGCGGUGAGAGAUAUCGCCCGCUUUGGAUAGAUUUUCUCCCCGGUGAUCCAAAUCUUCGUCCUGAACUCGAACAUGCUCCUCUACAUAAUAGCAGCUCUUCAGGGAGACAUUCUCAGAGGCCUGGAAUAUUGCAUAUCCAUAAUGAAUUGACUCUUUUUGCUCGAAAGCCUAUUCGACGUGUUCGCUGGCCGUUCUGGCCUAGCGAGGCGGAAUUAGAAUCCGCCCCCGAGUAUCAACAACGAUACAAGAGAAAAUUUUGCAAGGAGGAGGACUCUUGGGAUAGUCAUUUGGAGUGGGUGCAAAAGGUCACUAGUAAUCUAGCUAGGGAGUACUCAAGGAAUAGUCAAUUCCAAAAUUCCGUAGGAGUGGCCGACAAUCGCAAGGCUGAACGAGACAUGGAAUUAACUCGCGGCCAUGGAUUGAUUCAGAAUUAUUCAAAAGGGCUCCGGCAGUGGGAUGUCACCUGCUACUGA